AUGGGCCCCAUCGACUGUGAUGUCGAUGCCUCGCCAGCCGCGAAGGCUCGGCCAGAGCCUAUCUUACAGCCACGAACAACGACUGGUAAGGCACGGGCCACUCGUUCUAAAUCGUCUCAGGUUUCCUGGAGACCAGUACGUCAAAGCCACUACAUUGCAGACACCGUGCUCAGUUGGAGAACCGCACUUGAAGCUACCAGCUUGGGCCAAUUACCCCUGGCCUACACUAGGAAGAAGCAUUGA